AUGGAGACGCAGGCAGUUCUCCCACAGACGUCUCUAUCGGAACUUCCGAAUGAACUGCUGUCCCACAUCCUAGGCUUCCUCGACUCUCGUCCACUUUCCGAGAGCCGUCUACAUGAUGUAACACCGCCUUAUGGUAAACAUGGUCGCGUCGACAGUGCAGCGCUCAAGAGUUGCUCGCUGGUCAACAGACGCUGGCGUGCCGCUGUCCUGCCCCUACUAUUUCGCCACGUUCAAUGGCCCGUCGCCCGCGAAGUACUCCUCGGCCUCGAAGACGACGGCGACCCUGUGGCUUCCAUUCCUACACUUGACUUCAUCCGCUCCCAUAACCUCCAAUACCAUGUUCGGACUUUUUCAAUGCUGGUGGAAGACAACGUGGCAUCCAAUGCGGGAUUUAGAGAUGCAGCAGAGAGCCCUCAAGGGCAAACACAUGGGAGCGGCAGCGAUUCGACCGAGUGGACUACAUACAAUCAAGACUACAACUGGUUCUGGGACGCAGUGUUUGAGCUGGUGAACCCGUUGCGCUUCACCAUAGUUACAACCCCGCAAAUGCUUGCUCUCCUCUUUGCCCGGUCAAUAUACGUCGGCGAUUCGUGGAGCUUUGGCCCUCAGUUGCACGUACUAUCCUUGUCUCGAGAGAGCCGUCGAGCCAAAGCCGGAUCAUCGGGAGAAUACACGGCACUGUCAAGCGGCAGUACAAACCCCACACCAGAACCAGCGUCUGGGCCCUACCCGACCACAUCUCCAAAGACGACCCUCAAGCACAUUCCCUGCACGCUAUUCACCGCGCGCCCUUGGACGAAGCUCCUCCUGAAUGAGGGGCCUUCGGUGCGCGUCUAUAGUUCGUACGAGUUUUUCCUCAAGCGUCCGCCCUCCAUUCUCGGCGCCCUGCUCGGAUGCGAGAGGUACCCCAACGAUCAGCCCCUCAUCCCGCCAUCGGUUUCUGACCUAUCGUACGUCGCGGCCUUCCCUCUCUCGACGCACGUGGGGACGCUGGUGCGGAACCUGCCGGUCCUGGAACGGCUCUUUGUGCAGCUUGUGCCACGCGAGGGCCGGCACGACGUGCUGGGCGACCCCGUGCUGAUGCGGAACGUCGACCCGUCAGACCUCUGGACGGAACGCAACAGCGCUUACCAGCUCUUCAUCGGCGCUAUACUACGCGGGCUGUGGAGCGAGAACUGGAACUCGCUCCGUGUGUUUGAGAGCGGCGACAGCGCGGACCAGGAAGCGUGGGAGCUGGCGUCGCAGUACGUCGAGAUGUCGGGGUCGGAUUGGCGGGUCGCAGGAGAGGGGAUCUUUGUGAAGGGUAGGGAAGAAGAGGACGAGGAUGAGGAUGGUGGCGAAGCAGAUCAGGAGGAAGAGGAGGACGACGACGAGGAUCAAGAUCCUUAUGGUGAUGACGAAGAGGACGAAGUCGGUUCCUUUGCGAACUCACCCUUCAUGUCAGUUUUCUCCUCUUCUUUGCUCCAUUCUACUCACGGAUCUUGA